AUGUAUUUGAAUGCAGCUGUUCCCUUUUGGAGAGCGGCAGGGAUGACUUACAUCGCAUACUCAAAUAUUUGCGUCAAUCUAGUCAGGAACUCUCUCAAAGAGCCUUACAAGACUGAGGUUCUCAGCCGCAAGAAAGUUCACUUUUUCGUUGCCAAGUGGGUCGACGACAAGCCUCAAAAGCCCACUAUUAGGUCGGAUACUCCUGAAGCGUGA